UCCCUUGCACGAUAAAAAAAUACUUGCAUACACCAUGGUGAAUGAGAAGAGGACCCAGUCACCAUCACGCAAGAUCUAGAUAUUUCAUAUAGAUAUGGUUGGGUUCUGUCACAGAGGGAGAUCUGUUCUGUCACAGAGGGAGAUCUGUCACCGAAUUCUUUUUUUUUUCCUUCUUCAGGUUUACGACCGGCUUGACAGAAACUGCUGCGGGUUCCAGCCGACAGAACAGGACAAGUGCCUAACGGACGGACGUAACGCAGACUGUGACAACCCGGACCGUGCGGCACCGCUGAUGCUGGUGCACAUCUUCAGCAGCGGGAGGCACCCCACCCGCCUGGUGUUCCUGGACAACGCCGGGGUUCCGGAACGGAGGGAGGACAACCUGGACUUCCGACUGCUUACUGGGAUCGACGAGGUUCCACGCAGAGCGGUUGAGGUGUUGAAGUCUGGACGGUUGGGCGAGCUCCUGCUGCGGUCCUUACAAGUGGAUAAAGUCUUCUGGAACACACAAGACCGAGACGAGCUGACCAGAUAUGUCCACAUACUCCAUAGAAGGGGCAAAAUCCUCGCAGAUUACAUAGAGGAUAAAGACAUCGCUUUAGUGGAUGAUUACUGAUUACACAUUUUAUUAUUUCAAAUUGCUCCCUUCUACGAUAUCACGAAAAAAAGGGCCUGUGUAAAGAGGUCAACAAAUUCAAUCCUAACUUCUCCACGCACGUUUUCAGGCAAAAAGAAAAAUUCUCUCCCAAACUCACAUGUUACAGAAAAAGUGGGAUAAUUUUUUUCGUCUUCCUUUGUCUCGGAAAAAGAAGACGAACCCAUAAGUUAGUAUUAAGUGUCAUUUUUUAUGUUACACAGUACUUGCAAUAAACUUUCACUGAUAUUGAUGUUCCUCACUGAGCAAUGAAUGAAACGAAUACCGAAAACUGACACAAUAAAACUGAUGAAUUUCGAAUUCAGCGGACAGUAACUUGAAACCGAUCGUGAUGCAGGGUUCAUAGGGAAAAUAAUUAUUUAAGCAUGUUUAGACGUUAAAUUUCUCCAAAAAGCCCAUUGUCAGAGUUCGCAUACUACAUUCUACGUUAUUUACCAGCAGAUGCCACACUUUUCACUAGUUACUAGUAUAUAUAUAUUACAGGAAUAUGAACGUAACAUGAUCUCGCACAAUGUACAAUUUAAUUAGCCAGUUUUACUUCAAAAAGUAAUCCACAGAAGUUCUUAUUUACCUGUGCAAUAAAAAAUGUAUUCAAACUCAACUCGGACGUCCACAAGUUAAUAUACUAUACUAGUACCAGAUAGCAAAAACAAAUUAAAGUCAUUUGCUUAC